AUGAUCAAUUUACAUCUCUCCCAAAAAUCUAAGAGAACUUAUUUUCCACAGCGCCGCCUUACCCAAAAAUACAGCAUCGCAGUCGGAGUCCCAACCCUGGUCAUCCGUGGCCGUCACGUCCGGGACCAGCUUCUUGAUGACGCCUUGGGAGAGAAGUUUCCCUGGCCUGCGCCUCCCCUACACGAAGUUUUAAGAGGCGUGCAACUGCAAGGCGAUGGAGACAGCAGACUAUAUGAAGAAUUGCCAGCUGAUGCUGUCAGAGUGUUCUAUUUUGCUGCUCAUUGGUGUCCUCCCUGCCGGUCGUUCUCUCCGAGCCUCUGCGCUGCGCUUGCAGCGGUUCGCAAACGCCGCGCUAAGUACUCCAACACGCAGCUUAUACUCGUCUCUAGUGACAGAAGCGAACAAUCCUACAAUCGCACGGUACAGUCAGUCUCAUCAGUGGGCGCGUUGUCAGUGCCUUGGUCUGCUGGUGAUGCCCGGCUGGCCAUGCCCGCAGCGCUAGGAGUCGCCGGCAUACCUGCUCUGGUCAUCACUGACGGCACAGGGAAGGUGCUCACUGCUAAUGGAAGAAAUCAUCUCGCUGCUGAUCCUCUUGGAUUUAACUUCCCGUGGGCACAGCGACCGGUGUCAGUGCUGACAGAACAAGCUCUGUUGAAGAUGGCUCGCCACCCAGCUGUGGUUCUUUUCAUUGACGAUGAAGAUUCAGAAAUAGAGUUUGCCGAAUCAGUCCUGACUGCGUCCGCAGAAUCUUACUACGAAGAGUGUAGCAUCCAAUAUCCAGGCUUUUGCCCGUACCAGAACUCUUCGGACGACGAAACCAUGGACUUCGACUACUCAACAUCACGACACUCCAGGAUGAAGAAGAAACCUUUUAAACACGUCAUGUUCUACAUUGGAAUAGAUGGGACUGACAGCGCAGACAUGCUCAGGGAACACAUAGGCCUGGACGAUGCUGUACCUCUUCUUACCUCCAUAGACUUCCCGAAACAGAAGCUGGUGACCAUGAAGUACGGUGAUGAGAUCACCACAGAUUCUGUACAGAACUUUGUGGACUCGUACCUGAGUGGAAACGCAGAUUUUAAACCCUUAAAGCCGUAUAGUGAGAAGUGUUAG